UCUAACGAAUGGGCAUUUUUAGUUCCGGUGCCAAGUGGCGGGAGCUUCGGAUCCAUCGAGAUGAGGAUUUCAUUAAAAUGUCUGACCUUCUCACUGGUUUUGGUCUUAGCAAAUGGAAGGAAAACAUUUUGGUGUCUACAGAGCAUUGCCUUAAUUACGUGAAACAAGAUUGUGUUGCAGGAGAUGAAAUAAUUUUUACGGUAAACAUUCAAAACGAGCAACUGAGGAGCUGGUAUGAUCUCAGAGAGGGGCAGGGCUUAUUGGCACAAUUUUCUUAUGUGGAAAUUUUGAACGCCUCAAUUGCCGAACAAAGUAUUAAAAUUAAAGACGACUGCACAAGAAUUGAUGGUUUAAUUCGAAGAAGCUGCAGUAAUAUCAAAAGCAAAUGCCGGAAGCUCGAGGGUCGUGCCAGAGUUCAGUACCUGAAUGAAUUUAGAAGAAUUGCCAUUCGUCGGGAUGAGAUUGUUAAAGUGGCGGACAUGGAGAAAGAAAUCAAUAAAAUGAGAGAAACUGCAAAAGGAUUAUUAGAAGAUAACGAGAAGCUGCAAAAGCGUUGCGAAGAACUAUACACAGAACUUCAAAGCGCAUUCCAGUUCAAAACAGACUUUGAAAACAAACUGGUCGAAAUGGAAAAUUCCUACGAGGGUAUUUUAAGUAAAAACAAGGAACUCAGAGACUACAUUGACAGAAUGUCAAUUUCAGAUACAGUAGAAAACGGCGGUAAGGUCAUUUCUGAAGUUGGAGGGAGACAGCAAAGAAGAAAACUGAGGGAACUUAAAACACAUGUGGAAAGGACUUUGUGGUUUGCAGAGACCUAUGGCCUUACUUUGGAUGUGGCCAGUUUUACUGACCAGAAGGGAGUCAGUCACACUGUCAAUUUUCUCGAUGGCAAAGACAAAAAAAAAUUCAAGGAUCUUCCUCAAGAGGAACAGGACAAAAUAAAGCAAAUUCUUUUCAUCCAAGAUAAGUUUUCAAUCGGUGAAGCAGCUUAUCAUGAGCUGACCAUGACACCAGCAGGGGAGGGGUUACCCAGGUCAUACCUGAUAAAGCAGUGCAAAGACUCACUAAAUGAACUUUGUCACAUUGAGAGAACCCCAGGGAAAGAAGAAGGAGCACAACUUAAUUUCCGGAAUGAGCUAUGCAGUACAAUCCGUAAUCAUAUGAGAGACCAUGCAACAACAGGCGAAAAGGACCAGCCUCCAAAGUACAAAGUAAAACUGAGCGGCGAUGGUGCCAAAAUGACACGGCUUACAGGCUUUGUCAUUUUGUCAUUCUCACUUCUGAAUGACGAAGAUGCAGUAAUGUCUUCAAGAGGUAAGAUUCAAAAUGCACAUGGAAAAAUUGGGCAUAAUUUGCUUACUUUCCCUUUAUCUCAGGAAAUCAUACUGUUGCUGUAAUAAAGGGAAAAGAA